ACCCAGUGGGUGAGGAUGGAUGGUGAACCGGCCACCAGAGAGCACUUGCUUAUGGCCCUGGCUGACUUGGACUUCAUUCUGAUAAGAGCUGCUCAUAGCAGGGAAACUGAGGAGGCCGCAAUCAGUGGCAUCAGCUUGGACAUUGCUGAAAGUCGGGAGACCGGACUAGAAAGAGCAUCUUCUGUGGAACAGUGUGCUUGCCCUAGAGGAUACAAGGGUCUCUCUUGUGAGGACUGUGACACCGGCUACACGAGGUCAGGUGGAGGUCUGUACCUGGGACUGUGUGAACCCUGCCAGUGUAAUGGCCACUCUAGCGAAUGUGACCCGGAGACUGGUGUGUGCCGAAACUGCCGACACAACACACAGGGAGACAACUGCGAACGCUGCUCUAGGGGUUUCUUUGGAGAUGCCAGCAGGGGCACAGUCAAUGACUGUCAGAAGUGUCCAUGUCCAUUGACAGAGUCACCUAACCAGUUCAGUCCAGAAUGUGUUCUAAGCCCUGAUGGACAGGUUACCUGCACUGCCUGUCCUAUUGGACACACUGGACGAAGAUGUGAAAGGUGUGCACCUGGUUACCAGGGUAAUCCCAAUCAGCCAGGAGACUACUGUAAACUGAUUAAUGUGACAUGUGAUUGUGAUGGAAGAGGCACUGUGCCCAACACUCUGUGUGACCCCAACACUCAACAGUGUCAGUGUAAGAAUAACGUGCAAGGUCGCCGGUGCAGCACAUGCAGAGAGGGUUACUUCAACCUGAACAGUGAAAACGAGAUGGGAUGUCUGAGAUGUUUCUGUAUGGGCGUCAGUACCAGGUGCUCCAGCUCUAACUACUACAGAGAUGAGAUUGUCCCCAUGCUGAACUCUGACGGCACCCACAACUUCCAGCUGACCAACCGCAGGCUGUCCCGAACCAUCACCGAUGGCUUCAACAUUAAUGCAGACCGUAAUGAGAUCACAUUCAGAAACUUUGGAGGCAUUCAGAGAGAGCAGGAGAGUUUGUUCUUUUCUCUUCCACCUAAGUUUAGAGGUGACAAGAUAUCAUCAUAUGGAGGCAGCCUCAAGUUUGGUCUCUCAUACACAACAUCUUAUGACAGUGGACGAGAGUACAUGGAUGUCGAUGUGGAGAUCAUUGGCAAACAAGAUAAGAGAAUGUACUACCUCCACCGACCAUCACCGAAAGCAAGAGAGUCUUACUCAUAUGACAUCCUUCUGACUGAGAGCUCAUUCAGGAAUCUGAUGGAUGGGCAGACGCCAUCAAGGGAAGCCUUUUUGACGGUGCUGGCUGACAUCGAGGCUAUUCUCAUCAGGGCCACUUACCACACGGUCAUGGACACGGUGACCUUGAGUGACCUGCGCAUGGAGAUUGCUGUCCCCAGACCCACAGGACAGCGACCCGCCCCAGAAGUGGAGAGCUGUGUGUGUCCAGAGGGAUACACUGGUUUGUCUUGCCAGGAAUGUGCUGGUGGCUAUCUGAGAGUGGAAGACAGUGGAACAGCCAUCGGCCGCUGUGUCAGGUGUAGCUGCAAUGGGCAUGCAACAAGUUGUGACCCAGAGACUGGAGUCUGCCAGAACUGUCAACACAACACAGUGGGUGACAGAUGUGAACGCUGUGCUCCAGGCUUCUAUGGAGAUCCUGCAGCCGGCACUGCUUAUGACUGCAGGCCCUGCCCUUGUCCACUGACCAUACCCUCCAACCAGUUUUCUCCCACAUGCUUCCUGGAUCAAGACACCAGAGUUACCUGUGACCGAUGCCCACCAGGUUACACAGGCAGAGAUUGUGGACAGUGUGCUCCUGGUUUCCAGGGAAACCCUCGUGAACCUGGUGGCCAAUGUGAAAGAACUAUUCCUAGUCAAUUGCCAACAGUAACAGUAAACCCUGUCAGCCUGUCUCUACCUCUGGGAACAACCGCAGUCUUCCAGUGUAUCCCUAGUGGCAAAUCUCCAUUCAAUGUGGUGUGGAGCAGACUAGAUGGUCGCCAGCUACCUCGCCGGGCCACACAAGGACCUGGUCCUAAUUACCUACUGACCAUACCAAAUCUAGAAUUUACUGACUCCGCAAGAUAUGUGUGUCAAGUGAGCAAUGCUGAUGGAACAACCAGGGAGCAAGCUACACUCAAUGUUGAGCAAGUCACCCGUCCAGUCAGAAUCAGAAUUGAGGAGCCUACAAACAUUGUUGCCAGGCCUGGCCAGACUGUACGGCUUAUUUGUGUAGCAGUCCAGUACAGUAGUGCUGCAAACUACGUUCUCUCGUGGGAAAAAGAUGGAGUUCUGCCAUCCAAAGCCACUGACUUUAAUGGUGUUCUUACCAUCCCCAACUUGACUGAAAGUGACCUUGGCACCUACACGUGCACUGGUUCAGAACCAGGCAGCUCAGAUAGAGCAACAGCCACAAUCACAUUUGGAACGGUUCUUGUAGCCCCUACAGUUCGUAUUGAGCCACGCUACAUCCAGACAUCUGAAGGUGACCGUGUGGACUUCCAGUGUAUAGCAGAGGGCAGCCCCAGGCCAGUUGUCAGAUGGACCAAAGGACCAAGUGAUCCAUUGCCCAGUAACAUCUACACGGAUGAAACUGGAGUGUUCCGAAUCAACUCCGUCAGUUCCACUGACCAAUCAGAGUACUACUGCACUGCCACCAACUCUCAGGGCACCACAUCGGUCAGAACCAUUAUCUACGUUCAGCGCUCCCCAGUCCAAGUGAUCGUCCGUAGAACAAACAUCACUGCAGUCAUAGGUCAGAGUGAGCAGCUGGUUUGUUAUGCCGAGGGAAACAAUGAGGUCAUUCUGGUUUGGACCAGAGAGGGAGGCCUGCCUGUUGGUGCCAUCCAAGAGAACGGUGUCCUGACCCUCUCAAACAUCCAACCCACACAUGCUGGGACCUACAUUUGCACAGGAAGAACUCCGACAGGCAUCAUAGGCACGGCAACUACACGUAUUACAGUCACAGGCACAGCAUACACAACGCCUGCAGUUAGAGUUGAACCAGAAAGGCAAAUCAUUGCCACUGGAACAACUGGCACUAUACACUGCAUCGCCACAGGAGAACCAAAGCCUACAAUAACUUGGUCCAGAGUCAAUGGGCAACUGUCUCCGAAUCAUCAGGUGAGUGGAGAGUACCUGAGAAUCCAGCAGGCAACGAUGGAAGACCGUGGCAUCUAUGUGUGCACUGCCUCAAAUGUUGUAGGCACCACCCAAGUCUCCACUCUUGUUGAAGUUGAACGCCGUGAACCACCAGUGAUUGAGCUGUACCCAGAUGUCCAGGUAGUCAGACCCAUCGGCAGCAGUGCACUAUUCCAGUGCCGAGUUAUUGGUGGGGUCCCACCUCCAGUUGUGACCUGGACAAGGGCGGGUGGCCGUCCAUUCAGCAGCAGAACGGAAGUGAAGGCAGAUAUGGGUGUCAUCAGAUUCAACUCCAUUGGCCCAGAAGAACAAGGAGAGUACAUGUGUUCAGCAGCUAAUGAAAUCGGAACAGUCACGGCUACAGCCAGCCUCAGAGUUGAAGGUCCACCUAUUAUUGAGAUCACCCCAAGUAAACAGAUAAUUUCAUUGGUUGGCGAAAAAGUCAACAUUGAAUGUGUAGGUAUUGGUGACCCAGUUCCCACGGUGUUCUGGAGAUCUGGAAUAAAAAGACGGUCAGACGUGCUGCCAGAAGCCUAUGAUGCCGGUCCAGGAACUGCUGUCCUCCUGUUUGACUCCAUCCAGAAGACUGACGCAGGCCAAUACAUUUGUGUAGCUACCAAUGAGAGAGGCCGGGUGGAGGAGACUGUUGAUGUAUCAGUUAUUGAUGGUGGUGGUCCUGUCCGUCCAAGUGUGUCUAUUACUGGUCCUGAACGUCUAAGUUUGACCGUUGGCCAAAUUCGAUGGAGACGACCUGGAAACCAACCUUUACCCCCAGGACACAGUGUGAGGAAUGGUGUAUUGUACAUUCCCAGAAUAGAGCCAGAAUAUGCUGGAGAGUACAUCUGUUCAGUUGAAAGUGAGACUGUGGGCACAGAGUUUUCUGCAACCGUUUACAUCAUCGUCAGUGUAACACCAAGACUGACCAUCACUCCAUCUCGAGUCACUUCCAGACCUGGUCAGCCUCUCCAGUUGAGAUGUCAGCCUAGUGGACAAGGUCCGUUUACUGUUGAGUGGACUAAGCUUGAUGGACAGCUGUCACCCCAGGCCAGAGAACGAGAUGGAGUGUUAGAGAUACGCCAGGUGACCCGUGCAGAUGCUGGACGAUACAGAUGUGUGGCCACUGGUGCUGGUGGCUCCAGUGAUGGUUUUGCUGAUGUUAUAGUUCUUGCUCCCCCUGUGGUUGAUGUGAUCCCCAAACAGAAUCUGGCUGUGAUCGGAAGUACACUGGAGAUCAGGUGCAACGUCCAGGGAGACCCUCCACCUGAUGUUCAGUGGGAGAAGGAACGUGGACAGUUGCCCCCGCAGCACCAGAUCAGAAAUGGCAUCUUAACAAUCUACAACAUACAACCACAGGAUUCAGGCAGAUACGUGUGCACGGCCUCCAAUGACGCAGGGACUGUAAGUGCAUUCACUAUCGUGACUGUGGAGGAUCCAUUUGUUUCCACUGGUGCAGGAGUCCAGAGAGUAGGAGUUGGUGAUCGUGUGGAGCUGGAGUGUGUUGUCACAGGCUCCGUUUCCCCGGCAGUCACCUGGACCAAGGUUGAAGGUCCUCUGCCUCAAUCAGCCAUCAUAGGUUCUGGCAUUCUCAUCAUCCCAGAGGUCAGGACUGAGGAUGCUGGCACGUACCAGUGUACUGUCACCAACCCUCAAGGCACGGUCAGAUCUCGAGUAGAGCUUGUUGUUCAAAGUCAACCUGUUUUUUCGGUCCAGCAAGAUUACACAACAGCUGCCUUGGGAACCCCAGCUCAACUGAGAUGUGAUGCCUCUGGGUCACCUCAACCUAGAAUUUCCUGGGUCAAGGAGGAUGGAGAAUUGCCAUAUGAGCAUUCUGUGCUUGAAGGUGGUGACUUGUACAUUCCAAAAGUCAGAACAGAAGACAGUGGCACCUACAACUGCCUAGCAUCAAAUACAUAUGGGACCUCUAAGCAUCCAGUGAUACUCUUUGUUGGAGCUUUUGUUCCUUACUUCCAGCAAAAUCCAGUUUCCUACAUCAGCUAUGAGCCAUUGAGAGAUGUCUAUCUGGACUUGGACAUCCUUCUCUCCUUCAGACCUGAAGCCACUGAUGGUCUUCUUUUGUACAACAGCCAGUACAAAACUGAUUCUGGGGAUUUUGUUUGCUUCGGACUCCAGGGACAGUACCCAGAGUUCAGAUUUGAUGUGGGUUCUGGAGCAGCAACCAUCCGGGGAGCUCAACCACUGGAGCUGAACCAGUGGCACACAGUACAUCUGAAGCGUAACCGGAAGAACGGUACACUGUUGGUCAAUGAUGAGCCGCCAUAUUACGGUAAGUCUCCAGGAGACUUCGAGGGACUGGACCUAGCAGAACCACUGUAUAUUGGAAAUGUUCCAGACGUAACACAAAUACCAACCAGUGCCAGGUUUCCUUCAGGUUUUGUAGGUGGCGUCAGCCAGAUCAAAAUUAAGGGCAUAGAUCUCGACCUUGGUGGUGAGGCUCGAGAGAUCAUAAAUGUGGAACAGUACGAGGUCUGCCGAGACAGGCCUUGCUUUAAUGGCGGCUCUUGCCGACCUCACAACAGCAAAUACGGCUUUAUCUGUGAAUGUCCUCGGGGCUUUACUGGAAGCAGGUGUGAGCUGGUUGGAGAACGGUGCUAUUCAGGUGCUUGUGGCCCACAAGGCAAGUGUUACAACCUGCCAGGUGUUUCUGGAUUCAGUUGCGUGUGUCCUUUUGGCUUUUCUGGAGAGGGCUGUGUUCAAAGAAUCAGAGUUGCAGACCCUGCCUUCAAUAAGACAUCAUUUAUCUCAUACCCAACAAUCAGCGGUGGGCUCCUAUCUGUCAGAGUGCGGCUCUUGUUCAAACCAAGAUCCUUGGAAGAUGGAAUCAUCUUGUACAAUGCCCAGAGACAGGAUGGUCAGCAAGACUUCAUUGCUAUUCUUAUCAAAGAUGGCUACCUGGAGUUUAGAUUUGAUAUUGGGUCAGGUGCUGCAGUUUUGAGGAGUCGCAGACCUCUGACACUAAAUGACUGGACCACAGUUUUGGUGGACAGAAAGGGUCUAGAUGCUACGCUGUUUGUCAACAAUGAUGAAGUUGUCAGUGAACAAGUACUACCAAGAGAUGAGCUCAUUUACCCACACUUUGGCAGAGGGGACAUCAAUGGAGGAAUCACAAAUGGAAAUAGGACCAUUGGUUUGAACCUGGAACGACCUUUGUAUCUCGGAGGUGUUGACCCCUUUGAGUCCAUCCACCCCAACACUGGUGUUCGCAAUGGAUUUGUUGGAUGCGUGGGAGAGCUGUCGAUUGGUGACACAUCUGUCCGACUGAUUGAGGAUGCCAUAGAGAGCCUCAACAUUGAAGACUGUGGGGACAGGAGACUUUGUGAGAGGCGGCCUUGUCGUAACGAUGGUCAGUGUGUGGACCUGUCACCCACUCAGUACAGAUGUGCUUGUCCCCAGCAGUUCACAG